AUGGCCAAUUCUGCCUUCAGGGGAUUCUUUCCCAAGUCACUGGCCAUUCACAUUGAUUCCGUAGCGUCUGACAUCACUUCCUCCUGCAGAGCCGAGGUUCAACAUCUCAGAAGGGAACUUGAACAACUAUGGAAACAAGAGGAGAUUUAUUGGUGGCAGCGUUCUCGUGUAAAUUGGGUCUCAGUUGGGGAUAUUAACACUAGAUUUUUCCACAAUCCCACGAAAGUUAGAAGGCAAAGAAACCAGAUAGUGAAACUGAGAAACAAUGCUGAUGAGGAUCCGGGUACUUUGAAUGCUGCUAAUCUAGUUCUUAUUCCAAAAAUUGAAUGUCUAGAGAUGGUUAGCCAAUUCAUGCCUAUUAGUCUUUGCAAUUUUGCUUUUAAAGUCCUCUCCAAGAUUCUGGCCAAUCGAUUUAAAGGAGAACUGAAUGAUUGUGUCUCUCCCAAUCAGCGUGCUUUUGUUCCUGGUCGGCUCAUUCAUGAUAACAUAAUCAAGGUGGGAGAAGUUUUUCAUUUUCUGAAACUGAUGCGAACUGGUGCUGAAUGUUAUUUUGCUUUCAAAUGGAUAUGA